CUUUACAUUUCUUCUUUUUCUCUUUAGUGCAAAGCCUUUUUGCUUUAGCGUACCUUUUUUUCAUUCUUGGAAAAACCAUUUUGGUUUAUUUUUUUUUUCCAUUUUUUUUUUUCAUUUUUGCAUGUACAUAUAAAAAACCAUGUCUCUGACAGUAUCUUCAUUUCCAUCCUCACAUUUUCCUAUGGCGCUUCGACCUGUGGUAGAACGUAGAGUGUCACUCAAACGCGCACCCAGUAAUCGUAUACCGGUCAUGCUUCAUAAAGUUUCAACCAAUGCAGCCGCCGCGCCCACUUCCAAUGUCAAUCUUAAACCUAAAAAGACGGUCCGCUUCCGUGAAGACCUGGAAGACGUGCGACUUUUCUUGAAAUCACAAACCCCCAAAGCAGUACACAGUGAUCCCAUUCCACGACAUGAAUUGAAGUAUCCCAAUUGGCCUGCCAAGACAACAUUAUACCGCAAGCAAAACGUCAACAUCCGUAUGGAGAAUGUUUAUUUGGACGAGCAUGAGGAUUCGCAUGGUAACCUGUGUCUGAUUGGUCGAUGCCGCGUGGCCAAUGUCGCGUUUGAAAAACAAGUCAAGGUGCGCUAUACCCUCGAUUACUGGCAGACACACCACGAAACAAUUGCUUGUUACCGUGAAGCGAUUAGCAGCAGUGGCAACAAAUGGGAUCGGUUUUCCUUUUCGAUUCCUGUAUCACCCAAGCAGGGCGCUCAGACGAUCUAUUUGGCGUUGCUCUAUACCGUGAAUGGUCAAGAUUUUUGGGACAAUAACAAUGGUCACAACUACGAACUCGAAAUCGUUCCACAAGUACCGUUUGAGGAAACCAGCAGUGAAAAUGAUCUGACCGACGACGAGGACGAAGACGAGGAUAUUCAAAACUUAAUAGCGCCCAAGGAACGAACCAAGAAAUUAGCUCAAAGGUACGAUUUUGGUGCCUCACUUUCAGCCGCACGCAAGCCAUGGUCGCCUCCUGCUUCACCUCCUACACCCGUAGACGAAGGCCGAGAAUCCAUGCUAUCAUAUCCUCCUUCCUUCUUUUACCUCUCCAAGAACUACUCUUUCGAACCCGCCACCACCUACUCUUACUUCUCACCCUCCGCUCCCAAGAAAAUCGAACCUCCUAUUUCUCCCGCCGCCCCAUCUCCUGUGGAUAGCCCCAUCUUUUCAUCAUCACCCACCUCUGGCGGCUUUGAUUGGCAAACCGGUUAUCAAGAUUUCGUGAGCAAAUACUGUUUCUAUAGCGAUCCGAUAGAUACUACCCUCUCUGCCUCUCCCAGGCCCAUUCGUGGUUAAUUGGUUUUUUUUUUUUUACUCUCCUCUUUCAUUAGUUUUUCUACAACCCCAUUCUAUGUUUAUUCCUUUGAAAUUCGCUUCAUUCAUAUUAUCUCCCUUUCGUCAUCUCAAAAAAUGUUCCUCCCCCUCCCACGACCAAAGACACCUUAUUCCUCCCUUAUCAUGUACAUAUUGCUUUUCUUUUUCUAUCUUUGGUUCAAGUUGUUUUCAUUUUUCUCAAAACUGAUUAUUCUCCCGCUUGUAUUGUGUUACAAAAACUAAAAUCUCAAUUUUUUUUUUCUGUGGGUAUUCAAUAUGAAUAAAGUGAUCUUAUUGUAUCAAUUA